CUCUUAUUUCCAUAAAGAGUAUUGUUGUCUUAAUACCUCCAUUCUGUGCCCUAAAAAUCCAUUUACUCUACUGGAUCAGAAAUCGGAGCCCGCCAUCUUUAUUCGCAUAUUCUUUUCCCUUAACGUCUCUCCUACUCCUAUCUAGGGUUAGGGGUUUGGUUUCUAAAAUUGCUCCUCCUUUCGUUCAGUUCUUGAUUUUAGUUUCAUUGAAUAUAGGACUUGUAAUUGUGAAGUAAAUUGAGGCGAAUUUGAGAUUCCCGUAGCGAUGGGAGUUCCAGCAUUUUACCGAUGGUUAGCUGAGAAGUAUCAAAUGGUUAUUGUGGAUGUGAUAGAAGAAGAGGCCGUUGUUAUUGAAGGCGUGAAAAUUCCAGUGGAUACGAGUAAACCUAAUCCGAACAAAAUUGAAUAUGAUAAUCUGUACCUUGAUAUGAAUGGUAUCAUCCAUCCAUGUUUUCACCCUGAAGACAGACCUUCUCCAACGACAUUUGAGGAGGUCUUUCAGUGCAUGUUUGACUACAUAGACAGGCUUUUCUCUAUGGUGCGUCCUCGAAAGCUGCUAUAUAUGGCUAUUGAUGGUGUUGCACCUAGGGCAAAAAUGAAUCAGCAGAGAUCUAGACGUUUUAGAGCUGCAAAAGAUGCAGCAGAUGCGGCAGCUGAGGAGGCAAAGCUGCGGGAGGAAUUCGAGAGAGAGGGCAGGAAACUUCCCCCUAAACAAGAAUCACAAGUUUUUGAUUCAAAUGUCAUCACUCCUGGGACUCCAUUCAUGGGCACAUUAUCAAUCGCUCUUCAGUACUACAUUCAUCUUAGACUAAACCAUGAUCCAGGAUGGAAAAACGUUAAGGUUAUACUUUCUGAUGCAAAUGUUCCUGGUGAAGGGGAGCAUAAAAUUAUGUCCUAUAUUCGCCUUCAAAGAAAUCUUCCUGGUUAUGACCCAAAUACACGCCAUUGUCUUUAUGGUUUGGAUGCAGAUCUAAUCAUGUUGGGUUUGGCUACUCAUGAAGUUCACUUCUCGAUACUCAGAGAGGUUGUAUUUACUCCAGGUCAGCAGGAUAAGUGUUUCCUUUGUGGUCAAAUGGGUCACUUAGCUGCAGAUUGCGAAGGAAAGGCAAAACGAAAAGCAGGAGAAUUUGAUGAGAAAGGCGAUGCUGAGGUCGUGGCAAAAAAACCUUUCCAGUUCCUCAACAUAUGGACUUUGCGGGAGUAUUUAGAAUAUGAUAUGAGAAUUCCGAAUCCUCCAUUUGAAAUUGAUCUCGAGCGGAUCAUUGAUGACUUCAUAUUUAUUUGUUUCUUUGUUGGCAAUGAUUUUCUCCCACAUAUGCCUACACUUGAGAUCCGUGAGGGUGCAAUAAACUUGUUGCUGGCUGUUUAUAAGAAGGAGUUUAAGUCUAUGGGAGGGUAUCUAACUGAUGGUAGUCAGCCAAAUCUUAGCAGGGUGGAGCAUUUUAUUCAGGCUGUGGGAUCGUAUGAAGAUAAGAUAUUCCAGAAAAGAGCUCGCUUACAUCAGAGACAAUCUGAGAGAAUCAAGCGUGAAAAGGCCCAGUUAAAAAGAGGAGAUGACUCCGCUCCUCAAGCUGAACCUGAAUCUUUGGUUCCAGUUGCUCGGUUUGGUGGUUCACGGCUUGCUUCAGGUCCUUCGCCUUCUCCCUAUCAACCGGGGGGAACUUCAAGACGUAACCAACUUCGGCAUGGCACAUCAAGUCUUUCCAUCCUUGACAUUCAGAGCGAGCACUCUGGGACUGUUGAUGAAAAAGGAUCUGUUGCUCGUGCCAAAAAAGUUGCACGUUUGAGUUCUGGGGCCACGAUAGGAGCUGCAAUUGUUGAAGCUGAGAAUAGCCUUGAAAUAGAAGUAUUAGAAAACAAAGAAGAGCUGAAAACAAAACUAAACAAGUUGAUCCGCGAGAAGAAUGACGUUUUUAAUUCAGAGCAUCCUGAGGAAGACAAGAUCAAACUGGGAGUGCCAGGGUGGAAGGAAAGGUAUUAUGAGGAAAAAUUUUCUGCGAGGACACCUGAGGAAAUGGAAGAAGUACGAAAGGACGUUGUCCUGAAAUACACAGAAGGGCUGUGCUGGGUUAUGCACUAUUAUUAUGAAGGUGUUUGUUCCUGGCAGUGGUUUUAUCCUUAUCAUUAUGCUCCUUUUGCUUCUGACCUCAAGGAUCUUGGGGAGUUGAAUAUCACCUUUGAACUAGGUUCUCCAUUCAAACCAUUCAAUCAGCUGUUAGGAGUUUUUCCUGCUGCCAGUGCACAUGCUCUUCCUUUACAGUACAGGCAAUUGAUGACAGACCCAAACUCGCCCAUUAUUGAUUUCUAUCCUACUGAUUUUGAGGUGGACAUGAAUGGGAAGCGCUUUUCAUGGCAGGGUAUUGCCAAGCUACCUUUCAUUGAUGAAGCCCGGCUUCUUGCAGAGGUUGCAAAAGUCGAACAUACCUUGACGGAGGAAGAAGCACGAAGAAAUAGUGUGAUGAAUGAUAUGCUUUUUGUAUCACUAUCUCACCCUUUAUCUCCAUACAUUUUUUCUCUUGAUGAUCGUUGUAAGCAGCUGACAGACUAUGAACGUGUUGAAGUCAAGGAGCGCUUGGACCCAAAAUCAAG